AUGGAACCACUUAACAGGGAGAUAGAUGGAACCCAACAACAAUCUGCUGCUCCUCUUCUUGUGGAAGAAGCGACACAAGAGCCUGGGAGUGAGCCUUAUGAUGAUGAACAACCCAGUUAUGUCCCAGCUGAGCUUGUCAAACCUUGGUGUUCAAAUGAUGCUAGUGCAUUGUAUCAUUGCUACUUAAUCGAGAUGAAGCCGAAUUUUUGUUAUGAUAUUCCAGUUAAUGAUAUCGUACUUGGCAUGAGGAGCGAACUUGAUUGCGAUAUUGCAAAUAUGACUUUUGACUUGGAAGUUGGCAGGGGUACUAUAACUGUAAACUUUAAAAAGGCCGCAGAGAUUCAUCUUAGUUCAGAGCAAAUUCUUCAAUGCAGACGGUUCCAAAUCACAAUUUUUCGAAUUCUAAUGGAUCACAAUUUGCAAAAGUUGGAAGAAGUUUUAGAAAGACUUAGUGUGGGACAAAAUCUUGAGGUUGAAUCAAUUGAUUACCUUUUGCUCCCAGCAGCAAGAAUGCACCAGAAACCUUUCAUCAUUGAUUGGGAAUGUGUUAUGUCUGUGCCGUUUAGAUCUGAAGAAAAUUCUGAGUAUCACGUAGAUUCUUCUCCACCCAACAAUUGUUCUCGUGUUCUACAUACCAAAAAUGGUAUUGUUUGUACUUGCAGGAUCCAGAAUUCCUUGGUCUAUACCCCUCAUACUGGUCUCCUGUAUUGCAUCACUGGUUUGUUGGAUGACUUGAAUGGGAACUCACUUCUGAGACCUAGGCGCAGGAGAGCUCAUAGCUACAAGACGCACUAUGAAAAGAAGCAUGGGAUCAAGUUGCGUUUUGAUCAGCAGUUAUUGCUCAAGGGGAAACACAUUUUCAAAGUACAAAAUUAUCUUCAGAGUUGCAGACAACAGACAGAAAAAGAUUCAAGUCGUAUAUCUGUUGAAUUGCCGCCUGAACUUUGCUCUAUAGUCAUGUCGCCUUUAUCAGUCAGCAAUUUAUAUUCAUUCUCCUUUGUUCCAUCCAUCAUGCAUCGUCUUGAAUCUUUACUUCUUGCUGUCAACUUGAAAAGGAUGGUUUUGGAUCGUUGCACUGAAAAUGUUACUAUUCCAACCAUUAAGGUCUUGGAAGCUAUUACCACAAAACAUUGCCAAGAGAACUUGCAUUUGGAAUCCUUAGAGGCUCUUGGAGAUUCAUUUCUCAAGUAUGCUGCAAGUCAGCAGCUUUUUAAAACCUAUCAAAAUGAUGAUGAGGGCGAUCUUACUAAAAAGAAGGAAAAAAUAAUUUCUAAUGCUGCCCUUUGCAAGCUUGGAUGUGACUGCAAACUUCCGGGCUUUAUUCGCAACGAGUGUUUUGAUCCAAAAAAGUGGAUUAUACCUGGAGAUUAUUCUGGAAGUUCUUUCUUAAAUGAGAAGUUGCCUUUUAAUGAAAAAAACAUCUACAUUAAGGGAACAAGGAAGGUAAAAGGUAAAAGGGUUGCUGAUGUAGUUGAGGCACUAAUUGGUGCAUUUCUUAGCACAGGUGGUGAAAUAGCUGCCAUAUAUUUCAUGAAUUGGGUUGGUAUAAAGGUGGAUUUAGUCCAUAUACCUUAUGAGAGGCACUUCCAAGUGCAGCCAGAGAAGCUCAUUGAUGUCAGACAUUUAGAAUCCCUGCUUAACAACUAUUCCUUUCGUCAUCCUCAUCUUCUACUGGAAGCACUAACCCAUAGAUCUUGCAUGCUUCCUAAGAUUCCAGGAUGUUAUGAGCGGCUAGAAUUUCUGGGCGAUGCAGUGUUGGAUUAUGUGAUCACUUUUUAUUUGUACAAUAAGUAUCGUGCUAUGUCGUCACCUCGAUUUCUAACUGAUAUGAGGUCUGCUUCUGUGAACAAUAAAUGUUAUGCACUAUCUGCUGUGAAAGCUGGAUUGCACAAACAUAUUCUUGCUUCGGAUAAUGUCGACAACAAUAUUGCCAAUACUGUUAACAAUUUUGGGAGGUUAUCUAUUGAAUCAACUUUUGGAUGGGAAAUCGAGACAUACUUCUCCGAGGUACUUGCAGAUAUUAUUGAAUCUCUAGCAGGAGCAAUUUUUGUUGAUUCUGAAUAUGAUAAGGAUAUCGUCUUUCAAAGUAUAUGUCCUCUCUUAGAGCCCUUGGUUACUCCAGAAACAAUGCCGCUCAAUCAUUUAAGAGAGUUCAAGGACUAUUGCAAAAAAAUGCAGUAUAUUAUGAAGAGACCAGUCAUCUCCACCCAAAAUGGUGUUGUUACCAGGACAAUAGAGGUUGAAGCUAAGGGGGUCGUCAUAUACAAACAUACAUCAACAGUAUCUAAUAACAAAACAGCAGAAAUAGUAGCUUGCAAUUUGUUUUUGAGGUCGUUGAAGGAAACUAAUCUAGAAUGA